AUGGGGCCAUGCGGAAACAAAGGCUGGGAAGGCGGUGGUCCUUCUGAUGGCGCGGCUCGAGCUGCGAGUUCCGCCGAAGUGGCGCCUACGCCGCCGUCAGCAAGACCGGUGCUGGAAUGCACCCGGGCAGACUGCCGCUGGUACACAUCCCACUACUGCGAAGAAAACUCUCUGCGCCUGUGUAACCACCUCCUCGGUAGGGCCGAAUCUGACGGUGUACAGCUCUCCGUCGUCUUCGUGUCAAAUGCGGCCCGCCAAGUGCCGGUGUGGUUCCAGCGUCUUGCCGACAGACGUGACGAGCCAGUUCUGUGGGAUUACCACGGUGGCACGCAGCGCUGGCCGUUGAACUGA